AUGUGUCAAAUUGUUCAAGCUUUAGUGGACAAGUAUAAUGAGGAUCAUAAUCUUUUGGAGGAUCUUGCACACGAAUUCAAAGACGUUCUACACUACAAGUCAAUUUUUGAGAACCUGAAAUGUUACUAUCAUCUAAAUUUGACUACAAAGAUUAAAGGGGCUGGUCCAAAUGAAUGUAGCAUGGACAAUCUUUUCUUUGUGGAAGUGAAAUGUAUGCCACAAGGAAAGCUUAAAGAACUGCUUGUUAACCGUUUCUGCACAGUUAAUCUGAAUGACAAUGGUCACUGCUAUGGUUGCACCAGAUAUGGAGAUGUUGGUAUGAAGCACCCUAGCAGUUCUGUUGGAUACACUGCUGGUCACUUGAAUGUGGGUUUGCCAUUUGGAUACUUUGCAAAGUGGAAGAGGGACUAUGAGGAUGAGGAGGAUGAUGAUAAAUAUGUGAAAGCUAGGGAAGCUGAGCUAAGGCAGAUGUUCAAGGGCCUUGAUAAGCCAGGUGUCAUGAAGAAACUAUGCACUCCCCCUCCGUGGGCAACUAAAAGAAAAGCGCUGGAGUGA